AUGCUCUCAAAAGGAUCCCUCUGCCCGUCGUCCGUUGCUCCAACAAAGUCUCAGAUGCGAGGGUCUGGAGACAAUGGCUCGGUGAUCGGCAAGAAGACGGUGGCUAGCGUGCUAGCCACCAACGAUGAGGCUCUCUCGCUGUGGACCACAUCCACUGCCAUCUUUUAG